AUGGGUUGCCUUAAUCCCCAAAUACAAUCUGCUCCUUACGAGUCGGACAAAAUGCUCAAUUCGAAACUGAGGCACAAUGAACCACAGACAUUCGUCAAUACCUCGCAAAAGGAUGCAAUGGCACAUCUAGUUGAUCUGGAGGAGAUUGUGCUCAACUGGGCCAAGUUGAUAUUCGACACAACGAAAUCAAAAGCUGAGGCAAAAAUUAAGAAAAACUGGUGA